GGCAGUGGGUGCUGGGCUCCCAGCCCCUCCCUUCCCCGAGCCCCAUUCGGCGAUUUCUUUAGGAAAAGUGAUGACACGAACUAGUAGUGGAGGAUCGCAGGCUCCUGUUCCCCGCCCUGGGAAGGGAGGGGAGCCUUGGAGAACUUGUCAGUGAGAGCUGGAAGCAGGCUGCCGGGCUCAGCACCCCGAAAGGCGAAAGGCAGGAUUUCGGGGCAGGGCGCGGGGGAGCGGACGGGGGCUCCAGCUGCUGGAUGCCGCGCUCUGACCUCGGCGAUGAGGGAACAGCCCUUAUCUGCCCAGCCCUUAUCUGCCCGGCUCUAAUUCUCCAGGCGGUCGUGGUGGUGGAAUGCGAAAACCAGGAAAUGAUGGAAACAGGACUUGGAGAUCCUUUCAGAAUGCCGGAGGAAAGUUCUCCCAGGCGGACCCCGCAAAGCGUUCCGUACCAGGACCUCCCUCAUUUGGUCAACGCUGAUGGACAGUACCUCUUCUGCAGGUACUGGAAACCCGCUGAGUCUCCCAAGGGCCUCGUCUUUGUGUCCCAUGGAGCCGGGGAGCACUGUGGCCGCUAUGAUGAGCUGGCUCAGAUGCUGGUGGGACUGCAACUGCUGGUGUUCGCCCAUGACCAUGUUGGCCAUGGACAGAGCGAAGGGGAGAGGAUGGUAGUGUCCGACUUCCACGUUUUCGUCAGGGACGUGUUACAGCACGUGGAUGUGGUGCAGAAAGACCACCCGGGGCUGCCCGUCUUCCUUCUGGGCCACUCCAUGGGAGGUGCCAUCGCCAUCCUCACGGCCGCCGAGAGGCCAAGCCACUUCGCUGGCAUGGUUCUCAUUUCACCUUUGGUUCUGGCCAGUCCUGAGUCCGCAACAACUUUCAAGGUCCUUGCUGCGAAGGUUCUCAACUUUGUCCUACCAAACAUGUCCCUGGGCCCGAUCGACUCCAGCGUGCUCUCUCGGAAUAAGACGGAGGUCGACCUUUAUAACACGGACCCCCUCAUCUGCCGGGCAGGGAUGAAAGUGUGCUUCGGCAUGCAGCUGCUCAAUGCUGUCUCCAGGGUGGAGCGGGCCCUCCCCAAGCUGACCUUGCCCUUCCUGCUGCUCCAGGGCUCUGCUGACCGCCUGUGCGACAGCAAAGGGGCCUACUUGCUCAUGGAGUCCGCCAAGAGCCAGGACAAGACACUCAAGAUUUACGAAGGUGCCUACCACGUUCUCCACAAAGAGCUUCCUGAAGUAACCAACUCCGUCUUCCAUGAAAUAAACAUGUGGGUCUCUCAAAGGACAGCGGCGGCGAGAACAGGGUCCCCACCCUGAGCGCACGGCCAGGCCCCCGGCCCACAGCUGGGGAAGUGGGCAGAGGAAGGGCGGAAGCUGACCUCUCAGAUGUGACUUAAAAAAAUUACGAAUUGGAGGAAUCCCUAGCAUAAUUCACUAAAGAAAAAAAGGCACUCUUGUCAUAUGUUAGGUUGUCCUGUCUCUGGGUCUACCUGAAGGGGUAGACACUUUAUGCAAAAACAGAGAAGGGUCGCAGGCAGUUUUCCAGAGAUGGAAUGUGCUGGAAUAUCCUUAAAACACAGCACAGCCUCUGCCCUGCCUCUCCUAGCUCCCGCAGGGUUCCCAGGAAUUCCUGGUGUUCUGGGACACCUGACUGCAAUAAUUGGAGGAGUCCCUCUCCUGCUCACCCCUCCAGCCACCUCCCACCCCCAUCCCCACGGCCUCAGGCUGGCCUCUCUCUGGCCAUGGUGGUCGGCCUCAGCUUCCCAGGCAGACUCACGUGCCUCCUGAGGCCCAGAAAAUGCCUCCUACUUCCUCAGAAUGCGUCGCCCCCCAUGACCCCUGUCAGCUCCCGGUCAGCAGGAGCUGGGCGUUGGGGUGGCAUGAAACAUGGCUGGAGACCCUACUCCCCUUCCUUCCCUUCAGGGAGCCCGAGACUGCCCGCUGAGAGCUGGGUGUUCAGGGGCUGCCUUGCCUUCCAUGACUUGUUUUACUUGACACUGAGAGACGCUCGUAUUGAAGAGGAAAGUAUAUUCUGGAGCAGAGACAAUGUGGUAGAUGGGUGGUGGGACCCAGGGCGCUCGUGCCUCUGCACAGGAGUGGGACAAGCUAGCCUGGGGACCCCGUGCUAAAGGCAUCCAGGCACAACCCGGAGGCAGGCCCCGAGCGCCAGCAGUGGCAGUGGCAGUGGCAGUGGCAGCGGCAGGCUUGUCCUUGGCCCCCACUGUUUGGGCUCACAGCAGCCCCAGGAGCUCAGUGCUGGCAGCACAGCUACCUCUGGUGGCAGGAGAAGGGAGUCCCAACUCGGUGGCCCUACAGCCAGGUGGGCGGUGGGCAGGCGAGGCUGGCUGAUAGGGCCAGCCUUUCCCAGCCGAGGCCCGCGCCUGACCAGCCUCUCUCAGGUGCCAACCCCCGCCCUCAGCCCUCACUUAGUGCCAGCAAUAAAGGGGGAUCGCUGCCCACUGCAGGAAUACCUUCACUCUCAGUCUGCCUGGCUGGGACCUCACGAGGCUCCUUAGUGUAACUAUGACUGUGUGGAGGGCAGUUGCUGGGGAUUGAACCCAUGGAAGGUGCAGGCAGGAGCCCUAGGCUACAGAAGAGGCGCCGAUUCCCUGCCAGGGCCUCUGACUCUGGGAGUUGGGUCUCCCACCCUCUUCCUCCAGCAGCAAAACUGCCCUUCGCCCACACCCUAUUCUAGGGUUUUCUUUAGACCUCCAGAGGGGAGCCGCUCUGCCCUCCUCCAGGGACCUGCCCACACCAUGGCGAGGCUAGAAUUGGUCCCCUGCCCGGGCCCAGGUUUGUGUUCUCCUGCCCCUGCCCCUCGGGAGAGGUGAAGUGCCCAGGCACCCACCCCCUGGGGGCAGAGCCCAGGGCCCCACAGAGAGCGGCUUCCCUUGCCCCAUCAUAUUUCUCUGGAUUCCCUUUGAGGGGGAAAAAGUGUAAGAAAUGCACUGAGAGAUAAGGUCGGUGCCCGUUGAGUUGGGCCUGUGUGAAUGUCUGUGCUCCUCAGCUAAGGAAAAGCAGAAACUACAUUGCAAACUACCAAACGCACAAGACCCCCCGAGCCCAGACCUGGAAUUCUCACCAGAGCUGUGACAGCUCAGGUCACAGAAGUCCCCAUACCCCCCACCCUCCUUCCCCUACCCCUACCCCACCUCUCCUGAAAGCAGGUGACUGCAAUACCAUCUCCCAAAUUAAAUAUCAGGCACAUGGUUUGACCAGGAGUCUUUCGGAUGCACGAAUUUAUUUAUAUGAAAGCUUUUACAGAGACAAAUUCAAUCGCAUUUACAUAUCUGGUUAAAGGAUCACCUAUAUUAAAAAAGAAGACAAUUAUUUGAACUGGGACUGACUCCAAAUCUAGGAGGGGGGAUGGCACCAUGCCAGGCCUACCUGCUGCGUGAGCGGACGCCCGCUGUGUCUGGAGUAUCAUCUGAAGUGCUCCAGGCCGGUCUCCAGUUGAGUUCAUUCUCAGUGUUGACGGCUUCGUGCUGACACCUGGAGCCUCAGAGUCGUGCCGUGGCUGUGGCGCGAGGAGCUGGGUUUGGAAGGGAAGCUAGGUCUCACACACCGCCUGGCCUGGAAAAGGUGAGAGGAGGGCAAAGGCGGCCAGGGAGGAGACCCCGGAGAUGCAGCUGAUCCAAACCCACCCGGAGGGAUGGACACAUCGGGGUACUAAGCCCGAGCACUGAUGUGGACCCAGCACCUUCCCUGUAACCCAGAGAGCUUGCUGGCCCAUACAGAAAUGGGUCUCAGACCCGGAAAUAUUUCUAGGCAAAAAGGUCACUUGCAGCCAGUGGGGGCUCCCAACCCCAAAGAGCCCCAUUCCUCUGCAGGGAUGGGGGUGGGUGGAUGGGCAGCCUCCCUUCUAACCACUGGCAACCCCAGCUUCCCCCUCAGCUUCUGGGGGGGGGACUGGGGCUCACAGCAAGAGCACAAAAUGGUGCUCUGAACACCCACCUGGCUCCGCUCUGCACCCUGUAGCAAGGCUCUGAGCUACCUUUUCUUCCUCUCGCCAUUGCUAAGGAAAACCCAUUAGGAUCACCAUGAUUUUCUAAGCAAUUCACCUGUUUGCUAUUGUCACUGCAGCUCAACACCCCCUACAUGUAUGCUGUUAGUGGGGACACAUGUAUCAGUUUAAAACUAUUAAAGGAACCAAUAUGCCACAGCUAAUCCUAAUAAACCGGAUGUUUUCUGAA